AUGGCCGACUCAGCGUUUGCAGCGGACAAGGGUCUCUCGAUGCUAAGUCUUCGUUCCAGCGGUGGGUGCGUCGCCUCUCCUCCCGCAAUAUUUGCGCAUCUCCAUGGUGAGGGCGAGAAGGUCCAGAUCACGGCGGCCAGGCAGUCCCAGAGGGCUUCGUCGCGCGACAUGAGUACUUCCGCCACGGUGACAUCGUCGGUGACAUCGGAACCUCAGAACGCACCAUGGAAAGCGAGCUCUCGAUCGUCCCUCCACCAAAUGUCGUCGGGCUACUUUGGCCUCAGGGGCCAAGAGAGCUGCUACCCCAACAGUUACCUGGAUUUAAUCCUCAACGAGGGCACAAGACGCGUCUUCAUCGCCCACAGUCGCACCGUCAGCUAUGUCUGCCGGUUCUUCGGCAGCCUCGGCUUUCUCCAAGUCGAGACACCGAGGAUGGGCACGAUCGACUGCCAAUCCGUUCGUCAUGCCCCACAGACGACCUCAAACUCGAUCUGUACCUUCGGAGCGCCUCCGAGCUGCAUCUGA